AUGAGUAGUAACAGUUUUUUUGUGGAUUCUAUUUACUAUUUUUUGUGUCCAGGUAUUCCUGUGGGCCUGAACACUCUGGACCUGCUGAUGGCGUUUGGCAUUAAAGAGACGGAGUGUGUGAAGGCUUCCAGCAGCGACCCCCAGACCUGCGCCUUCAGACGGGGCUUCUUUGUGCCCUCCUUCUCCUGCUCCAGUCGGGUUCGGAUCUCGACCACCUCGGCCCAGGUGAUGUCCCUCAGAUGUGGCCCCGACUCCUCCAGCUCCAGCUCCAGCUCAGAGUCCAGUGAGGAGACGUUCUCAAGAGGGAGACACCAGUUCAACAUCCCAUUUGUAAAUAGAGCCCCGGCUGCCUCUCCUCCACCCGCCCAGCCGGGCCGCUCCCUCCUCCGUCAGACAGUGGAGGUCCCACCCAGAGGAGACACUUUCUCCAACUACCUGGUGUAAAAGUUCAGGAAACUCUGGAAAUGUUCAGGUGCUGAUCAGAAAACAGACUUGAAUUAAAAAUGGAAUUUGCACACUCA